AUGAGUGUUCCUGACUACAUGCAGUGUGCUGAGGAUCAUCAGACCCUCCUGGUCGUGGUUCAGCCCAUUGGCAUUGUCCCUGAAGAGAGUUUCUUCAGGAUCUACAAGCGAAUCUCGGCCGUGAGCCAAGUGAACGUGCGCGACUCGCAGCGUGUGCUGUACAUCCGAUACAGGCACCAUUAUCCCCCGGAGAACAACGAGUGGGGAGACUUCCAGACACACCGCAAAGUGGUGGGGCUGAUCACCAUUACAGACUGUUCUUCUGCUAAGGAAUGGCCUCAGACCUUCGAGAAAUUCCACCUGCAGAAGGAAAUGUAUGGUUCUACUCUCUACGAUUCCCGCUUGUUUGUCUUCGGGCUUCAGGGAGAGAUUGCGGAGCAGCCGCGCACGGAUGUGGCGUUUUACCCCAGUUAUGAUGAGUGUGAAACUGUGGAGAAGAGAAUAGAAGAUUUUAUCGAGUCCCUCUUCAUAGUGCUGGAGUCGAAGCGUCUUGACAGAGCCACGGACAAGUCUGGAGACAAGAUCCCUCUCCUCUGUGUCCCCUUUGAGAAGAAGGAUUUUGUAGGUCUGGACACCGACAGUAGACACUACAAGAAGCGCUGUCAGGGCCGGAUGAGGAAACAUGUGGGUGACCUGUGCUUACAAGCUGGAAUGCUGCAAGAUUCCUUGGUGCAUUAUCACAUGGCAGUGGAACUCCUGCGCUCUGUCAACGACUUUCUGUGGCUUGGAGCUGCUCUUGAGGGGUUGUGCUCAGCAUCCGUCAUCUAUCACUAUCCUGGUGGCACUGGGGGCAAAGUUGGCUCUCGCAGGGCACAAGGAGGUUCUCUCUCUGCUGAGGCAGGGAACAGGCACAGGCCAGGGGCACAAGAAGUUCUCAUUGAUCCAGGUGCACUGACCUCCAACGGUAUAAAUGCAGAUACCAGUGCAGAGAUAGGACGUGCCAAGAACUGUCUGAGUCCUGAAGACAUCAUAGAUAAAUACAAAGAGGCAAUUUCUUACUAUGGCAAGUACAAGAAUGCUGGUGUGAUUGAACUGGAAGCUUGUGUGAAGGCAGUGAGAGUCCUUGCAAUACAGAAGAGGAGCAUGGAAGCAUCUGAGUUUCUGCAAAAUGCAGUUUACAUCAACCUUCGUCAGCUUUCAGAGGAGGAGAAGAUCCAGCGGUACAGCAUUCUCUCGGAGCUCUACGAGCGCAUCGGCUUUCACCGAAAAUCCGCGUUCUUCAAGCGCAUAGCGGCGAUGCAGUGUGCUGCCCCCAGCAUCCCCGAGCCAGGCUGGAGGGCCUGCUACAAACUGCUGCUGGAAACUCUCCCUGGCUACAGCCUGUCCUUGGAUCCUAACGAUUUCAGCAAGGGGACUCACAGAGGAUGGGCUGCAGUGCAGAUGCGUUUGCUCCAUGAACUUGUCUAUGCUUCCAGAAGGAUGGGCAAUCCUGCCCUGUGUGUCAGGCAUCUGUCUUUCCUUCUCCAGACCAUGCUGGAUUUUCUUUCUGACCAAGAAAAGAAAGAUGUGACACAGAGCUUGGAAAGCUACACAGCAAAAUGCCCUGGUACAAUGGAAGUCAUUGCACUUCCAGAUGGCUUGAAGUUGCCUCCUGUGCCAUUCACCAAAUUGCCUAUUGUGAGAUCUGUGAAGCUCUUGAACCUCCCAACCAGUCUCCGACCUCACAAAAUGAAAAGUUUGCUUGGUCAGAAUGUGUCAACCAAAAGCCCCUUCAUAUAUUCUCCAAUCAUUGCACACAGUCGUGGGGAAGAGCGAAAUAAGAAAAUAGACUUCCAGUGGGUCCAGGGAGAUGUAUGUGAAGUUCAGUUGAUGGUGUACAACCCUAUGCCUUUUGAGCUGCGAGUAGAAAACAUGGUAUGUAUCUUUCUAGAUCUUUUCUUUCU